CGCUACGUACUGCUGCCCGCUGGAGCUGGGCCGGCCGGGACCGCUCUGCGGACAGCCCCGCGCACCCCCCUGCGGCAUGAGGCUGCCGUCGGGCACGGCGAGGCGGCGGCGGGUACCUGAUGUGACUGCCCAGUUCAGCAUUCAGCUUUCCCAUACUGAAGACUAAGGACUGAGACUGUCACAGGCUCCUGCAGCUGGGCUUCUGCCAACAGUGCAAAUAACUGACAGCUUGUUGGAAGAUGACAUUUAUUCCUGCUUGAAGCUGCUGUUCUGAAAAACAAACAGUAGAAGAAUGUGGAAGAAUUCAAGCAUCCGCUGCCUUUUAGCACUAGCUAUAUUAUGCUUAAGAAGCUUAAUAUAUAGUAAGGAGAUAGGUUCUCUGGAGCAAGCCCAGAAUUUGAAAUGUGUAACACACAAUUUACGCAAAAUGAUCUGUACUUGGGAUGUCUUGUCUGAAGAAAGACAUGGACAAACUGACUUUUGCUACACUACCAAUGACCUCCCUCCUUCUGUGUGUUUUGAAACUAAGGAGAAAAGGGUCGAGAUUCCAGUCCCAGAUAGCUCCAGUACUGUGACAAUAACUACAAACAGCAAUUAUGGAAUUGCCUUUCCUACCAAAGAAUUUGAAAUUCACAAGAAAGAUAUCUUGUUUGUUCCUCUUACUCCACGCAUCCUUAGUUUGACACCUGACUUUUCAACUUCCACAUUAAAUCUGAAGUGGAGCGAUAAUGGAUUAAUCUUCCCAUACGGACUGGAUGCUAUUUGGCAGAUUCAGAUACUUCGUAAAGAAGCAACAGAAAAAGUCACACAAGUAACUUACUACUCAAAACUGACUCAUGAAGACACCAUUCUUUCUUGGAACUGGACAUCAGAUAUGCCUCUGGAGUGUACAUCACACUAUGUGAAGAUUCGCUGUUACAUUAAUGCAACACAAUUUGCUGGCCCCAAGGACUGGAGUGAAUGGAGCCCAAUAGGAGAGGUCCCUGGAAAAGAUACCGAGCCCAACGGGAGUGGGGUGUUUCCUCAGGACGUUGUGGUGGCAGUAGGUUCAGAUUUGACAAUUUGUUGUGUCCAUGAAGAAGGACAGCAGAUAAAACAGAUGACUUACGGACCAGAAAUAUAUCCAAUGAUACCUCUGAGUAGCCGGAGCAGUGCAAUUAGAGUUCUGAAUGCCAGUGCUUCAGAUGCCAGUGGAACAAAUGCAGUGUGCACACUGUCCGAAGAUGGGACGGAUGGAGCUGUCUUAUUUGUAGGAUAUGCCCCUGACAUUCCUGAAAACCUCAGCUGUGAAACAUCCAACUUCCUGAUAAUAAAAUGCACCUGGAAACCAGGCAGACCCAGUGGACUGUAUGGAAAACGACGUACUAAGUACAGUUUAUUUGAAAGAAUAUCUGGUAAAAAUGUUUCAUGCAAAGUCAAUGAAAUGAACAGAGAGCGUGUCUGUGGCUUUCCAGUACUGGCUGAUCAAAAAACCUACGAUUUCAUAUUAGGUGUCUCCAAUCCUAUCGGGCGAACAGAGUCAUCACUUUUAGUUGAUUUAACUCAAAGAAUUCGUCCAAAAACACCAGAAAAGUUAACUGUUUCUGGGAACAGCCCUACAAGUGUCCAUCUGCACUGGUUUAUAAAUGGCAGCUUUGCUGAGAUCAGGCUUCUGUGUCAAAUUGAAAUUAGCACUGGUCACUCUGAGCAAAAACUGCACAAUGUCUCCAUGCCUGGUGGAAAAUUCUCAACUCACACAGCUGAGCUGAAUUCAUUGCAUCCGUAUACGAAAUACCAGUUCAGGGUGCGCUGUUCGGCUGCUGACCACUUCUGGAAGUGGAGUGACUGGAGCAGGGUACAGGAGCACACAACAUUAGAAGCUCCUCCUACAAGAGGACCAGAUAUCUGGAGAGAGAGAAGUCCUUCUGGGAAAAGUCUAAAAAUCUUCUGGAAGCCUUUAUCCCUUUCUGAAGCCAAUGGAAAAAUUGUGUCUCAUGAAGUGUCCUGCUACCUGCUAGAGACACCAUUGGAGCAUAAAGAAGUCACUGAACCAUCAAACAGUACAGAGAUAAAACUUGGAAAAAAUGACUGUGUUAUUAGUGUUGUAGCCAAAAACCAUGCAGGCUCAUCUCCUCCUUCGAGAAUAACAAGUGUGGAACUUCCAAGUGACAAUGUCAAAACAGAUCGAGCCGUGGCAAUGGGGAAUGGAAUUUAUAUUUCUUGGAAUUCUUACCCUAACAUGACCUGUGGUUACAUUGUAAAAUGGUGUCAUUCAUCUGGGUCUGAACCCUGUACUGUGGACUGGCAGAAAUUUCCUUCAAACACAACAGAUGCAGUGAUAAAGUCUGCUCUCUUUAGGCCUGGCGUGAGAUACAACUUUUUACUCUAUGGCUGCAAACCCAGUGGAUAUCAGUUAUUGAAAAACAUAACGGGGUAUAUGAAAGAGCUACCGCCAAAACGUGCACCAAAUUUUACUGUAGAAGAAACUUCUUCAGAUUCUAUAUUGGUAAAAUGGGAAGACAUUCCUAUUGAAGAUUGUCAGGGAUUUUUAGAGGGAUAUCGGCUUUCCUUUGCAAAAGGUGAAAAAGAUGCUUUAAAGCCUAGGCUUUUGGAAUCAGGAAAUCCAGAACUUAAAGUUAAGAAUAUCACUGACCUGACAAAAAAGUCCUUGAAAAUACUUGAUCUCCAAGGCAAAACAAGUUACCAACUGGACCUACAAGCCUACACUGCUGGUGGAUUGAGCCCUCCAAAUAGCCUCUAUGUCGUGACAAAGGAGGACUCUGUAGGAUUAAUCAUUGCGAUUCUCAUCCCAGUGGCAGUGGUUGUGCUUCUUGGAGUGGUGGCCAGCAUCUUCUGCUACCAAAAGAGGGAAUGGAUUAAAGAAACAUUUUAUCCAGAGAUCCCAAAUCCUGAGAACAGUAAGGCACUGCAGUUUCAGAAGAACACCUGUGAGGGGAAUAAGACACUUAAAACAUUGGAAAUGAACCCAUGCACCCCCAAUAGUGUUGAAGUGGUGGAAACACAGUCUGCAGCUCCCAAGAUUGAAGACACAGAGAUGAUGUCCCCAGCAGCAGACACUGUUGUCCCUGAAGAUGGCUCUGACUCAGAAACAGAGAACCACGUGGUUGUGUCCUAUUGCCCACCAAUCAUUGAAGAGGAAAUCUCAAAUCCUCCUAUGGAUGAACCUGUGGGGUCAUCUCAGGUGGUUUACAUUGACAUUCAGUCAAUGUAUCAGCCUCAAAUUAAACCAGAAGAGGACCCAGAAAUAAACUUAGUGACUACAGCAGGCUAUAAGCCACAAAUGCAGCUGCCUAUCAGUGCUCUGAAAAUAGAGAGUCGCCCAGCUGCAGAGGAAGAAUUGGAUAAAACUGCAGGUUACAGACCUCAAGCAAACACAAAUGCCUGGAACAUGGACACUCCAGACUCUCCUGGAUCAGUUGAAAGCAACAACGAAAAUGCAUCUUUUGGGAGCCCGUGCUCCAUCAAUUCCCGUCAGUUUCUGCUUCCCCCAAAAGAUGAUGAAGACUCUCCCAAACCUAGUAACACAGGGUGGUCCUUUACACACUUUUUUCAGAACAAACCAAAUGAUUAACAGUGAGACCUCGUUGCACCUGCCUUCUAAAUAAGCUCUUAUUCCUGUUGUUGUGAAGAUAGGAAGAAGAAAAGUGCAAAAGUCAUGAACUAUUCUUGGAGACAGUCAGCAGAGGUUCUAGUGAGCUGAAUGUUACCACGUUAAAGUUAGUGAAAGUGUUAAUGUUCCAUUUUCAUAGAGGCCAAGAGGCCGAAGUUAUAGCAAUUUAGUUAUUACUCUAGUAAAAUAUAUUGGAUAUAAGAGGUAUUGAGUUUAGAGCUCCUCAUAAUUGUAGUCAAAGAACUCUGCCUACCUUCACACAGCGCUCCAAGAUUAACAUGGUCUCGUGCAACUUAAAACUUGGAAAGAUUGCUUUGCUUUGUUGUAGUUGUUCUAAACUGUGCAUAAUCAAAUGAUGCAGCCCAAACAGGUUUCCUUACUGAAGGCUUCAUUUAUCACAAACCUCAGCCUAACACAUGGAAACAAUGUGGUUGGAAACUUGAAAUCUUUUACCUAGUUAUAAACUAAGAACAAAAGAGAGUGCUAUGUUUUUUUUAUUCUCCCAUAUGGAAGGGUAUUGUCACUGUUUAACACUUCUGAAGCAAUGGUCAUUCAAAUCUGUUGCUUUUU